AGUGUAUUCCUUUCUAAAUAUAUUUUCCACCUUUAUUUUGUGGAAGCUUCCCUUCAAAGAUUUUUUCUUCUUAUAGAGGAGGAGCGGAAGUUCACGACACCGCUGCUACGAAGUACAAGAAGAAAUCGCAACCAAGAUGGACCCCGCUGUCAAGGCUGCGAAUGAACUCAACGCCAUCUUCGGCCGCCUUGAGGUGCCCUGCGAGGUGUGCGUAACGAGCGAGGCAGGCAAACACAUGAUGGCGACCGCCGACCUCGAUAGAGGCUUUGCCUUGGUGGAAGAGCUGCCGAUUGUGUCGUGGCCGUCCGUCUCUUUCCUCAACCUUCGGCUGCCGUUUUGCUUCCACUGCUUACGACUGGCCACGCAUCAGCUUUCCCCGGCUGACGACGCUGCUGCUGACGGUGUGUCGUUGUCCCCUUCACCGUCACCAUCGUCCGCCUCCACAGCUGCACUUCUGCCAGAAAAGUGGAGUCGCUGCGCGCAGUGUGCCUCGUGCUUUUGCUCCGUGGACUGUCAGCAGGCGUCUGCGCGUACGCACCGACUGCUCUGCUCACCGUUGCCGCAGCUGCGCAGUGAUGCUAACGGUUCCAGUGCCACGGUGGCCUCUGGCAUCUCGGUCGAGGCACUCGCCCGUUGUGUUGCCUGGAUCGCGCAGCGUCUCUCCGUGGUCAUUGAGCAGCAGAAGCUGACCCAUGCGGUACUUCAGGCAGACUACACAGCACAGCGAAGCAGCAGCCACAGCAGUCCCAACGUUGCCUCAGCAGAAGGGAGUGUGCAGACAGCCUGGUCGGCCGACUCCCUCAACUAUCAGCUCUUCACGCAGGUGGUGGCACCGUUUAGCCGCCUCAUCAGUCCUCCCGACUCGGUGCAGUUCGACGGGGUGUCGCUGCCAGCGUGGGGCAGCGCGGUGCGGCUGCUGCUGGCAGAGAAGUGUGUGAAGCUGCUGCUUGUCGCGAGUGGGGCACCGCUGGCAAAGCUGCAACUGUCUCCGUUGCGCUUUGAGACAGAGAUGCACGACGAUCCCUCUUCUUGUUGCUCUUCUUCUGCCCCCUCCGUCUCCCCAUCCGCGUCGCCGCUUUAUUGGGCGGAGGCGCUUGUGCACGUCCUCCUCAGCGCGGACACACUCCGCACAUUGGUGGGGCAGAUGGUGUUGAACGCGCAUGGCGUGAACGACUACGUUUUGCCGGUCUCUGCCGCUGCUCCUGGCAAGUUUGAAUGGGUGUUGAAGGGCGCAGGCCUGUACACUCUCCUAUCUUCCUUUAACCACUCCUGCGAGCCAAACGCAGCCGUCAGCAACGUGGAUGAUACGCAUGAAAUAGCCCUCACAACGACGCGUCCGGUGAAGACGGGCGAGGAGAUCACCAUCACGUACAUUCCAUUGACCGCGUCGGCCACGUUGGCCGAGCGGCGGCAGCUGUUGAAGAGUUACCUCUUCACGUGCCGCUGCUCCCGCUGCGUACGAGAGGAGAAGGCGUGCGCAGUGGAUGUGGUGUAG